AUGCCUCUUGACGCAUCCUCUCGUCUCCACUCCAUCACAGCCCUCUACGACGCCCGCAGCAACACAUACGACGAGAACCAUGUCCACGUCGACCAAGCGCGAGACUACCUCGUCUGGGCCGGGUUACGACCAGGCCAGAACGUGCUGGACCUAGCAUGCGGAACGGGCCUCGUGACACUGGGCGCGAAAUCUACAGUCGGCGAUUCGGGCGUGGUCGUCGGCGUCGACGUCAGCCCCGGGAUGCUCGACGAGGGGCGCCGCAAAGCCGACCGUGCCGGAUUGCAAGUCCGAUUUCUCGAGGGUGAUAUCCAGCACGUUGACGAGGUGCUGCUCGUGGGUGCGAGCACGACGAGCACGGCGAACGAAGUGACGCCGAGCAAUUCUUUCGACGUUAUUACGUGCGCCUCGGCGUUGAUCCUGCUCGACGACCCCGUCGACGCACUCAGGCGGUGGAAACCCCUCCUGAAACGGCCCGGCGGCAAGCUCGUCACGGACGUGCAGACCCGAUCGGCGAACCUGCUGAUGAACGUCUUCCGCCACGUCGCGGGACACCUGGGCACGAGCGUGCUCUGGGACGGCGGUGCCGCGAGGUACGAGGCCAUCGAGGACCUGGCGAGCGUGGUGCGUGACGCGGGAUACCACGUCGACAGGCUUUUCGAGACAAGGGCGUACGCCACGACGACCUACAAGCUCGACGAGGCCGGGGAGAUCUUUGACAGAGCCGUCGACGAGAAGGAGAUGUUUGCGCAGUUUGCCGGCACUGAGGGUGGCGUGAGGGAGCGUGCGAAGGCGUUGUUUGUGCAGCGGAUGAACGACUUGAGUGGCGGGAAAGACUCGUUGCUCGAGGAAACGAGGUUUUGGGUCGUGGUGGCCUCGGUGCCAGAUGAUACUACUACCUAG